AUGUGGAAGUACAUAACCGGUCCUGAAAUUAUGAGAGAUUCGGUGGACCUUAGUGAAAACAGAUGUGCUGUGAUUUCUGGAGAAAGAAAUCGAAUGAAGGACUCGAUUGAAUUAUUCGAUCAAAUCUGCAAUAAUGAGUGGUUCUCCAGCACUGCUAUGAUCCUAUUUCUGAAUAAGAUAGAUCUCUUCGCAGAGAAAAUUACACGGGUCAAUAUCACAUGUGCUUUGAAGCACUACAAAGGUAAUUUCUUCCUAGUACAUAUACGCUUUCUAGAUCUGAACAAGCUAAUCAUAAGUUUCACGCAAGGCAAUCAUGCGGGUUCAGUGCGAUAA